AUGGCUGGUACAGCACACUUUUAUCCUCAAAAUCACCCUCAUGCCCACUCUCACCCCCAAUCCAGCGACAUCCCAUCCUACGAUGCUCCCCCCUCGCCAACAUUGACCAACCCUGACAUGAUCUUGCCUUACAACCCCUUCCUCAGCUCCAGCCCGACGCCUUUGGCCUCGUCGCCAACUCUGCAGCAAUCAACUCUGCCUCCGCGCCCGGAUUCAGCUGUUUCUUUGAGCUCGGCACUGGGAGACGCAGAGCUCUCACCUGAAGUGGGGGUUGCCACCACCGUCAGAGCGCCCGCGCGCAUUGUGCCCUCCAUCAACACCAACUUCAAUGGCUAUGAACACGGUGCGCCCUUGAGCGACAUCGGCGAGGAGGAGACCCCCGUGUCAAAGAGGAGUAGCAGGUUCAGCUAUACUUCUACUAUCUCAGGCCCGUCCUCCCCCACGCCAGCUGAAAAAACUCCGGUUCAAUCGAGGCGAUUAAGCAACCAGUCCUCGUCCAGCAAUGGCUCAGACUUGGGAAACUGGGAAGAUUUUGACUCUUCCAAGAUGAUGAACGAAAGGCUAGCUGCAGAUGUGGCCAAAGUGGAAGACGAUGAGGUGGAUGACCCCGACAGCAAACGGAAUAGUACCACGGUUGCCGGCCCCGUGGACGAGAUGGCCCUACUCAACGAGCGCGCCGAAAGAAUCCUUGAACAUGCCAGAAAACGCCUGACAAGUAUGGAGGAUAAUCUCAGCAAGGCUAGGCAUAGUAUUCUCAUGUCUCCGCGCUCCUCCCCCAAUAUGUCGGAACUUCACCAGCCUGCAGGCGGGCUGUAUCGUUCCAUUUCCCUCGCUGGUAUCAGCAGCCGCAAAUCUCGCCCACUCUAUCCUGUCGUCAAAACAAAUUCCGCAAUUCACACGAGAGGUGGUAGUGACACCACUCCCAACACAGGAUUAAAACGAUUGUCGAUGAUUCCUGAGAGGUCCGCCAGUGCCCUCGAAUACGGCCGAAGACAAGAAUCUCCGCAGCAGUACCAAAUGUCUCCGUCAAAUCGGGUUGCUGGCUUUUCUCCUGCCAGUAGUCGGAGUUUCAACUCUCCGCUCAGAGUGCUGCAAGAAGAGGAGGGUACUCCAAGCACAAUCAAAACGUCACCCGAGCAGAAUGCCCCCCGCGGCCUGGGUAUCAAUACCUUGGCCGCAAUUUCGAAAGAAACCGUUUCGGUUAUCACCAGUAGUCCAACCACUGCUGUAGCCCGCUCAUCUUCGGCAAUGUCAAGUCGGUCCACAAAGGAGAUUCGGGACCAGAUGACCGAUUUGCGUGCCAGAAUUUCUGAUCUGAAGGAUAAAGCUCAGGCAGACAGCAUGCGAAGGCGUAGCGCCCAGAGCAUGAGAACACCCAGUCCUUUCACAGCUGCCCAAACCCCCGAGCAGUGGUACACUAGCGCGCCAGAAUACAGGGAAGGUGGUAGUCCGAUCAAUACCAAUGCCGGCAUGGGCUGGAGUCCUUCUCGUCAGCAGGCAAUUAUGUUGGAUGCGCAAGCCGCUCCUGUAACUCCUCAAACGCAGACUUUUCUUACUAUUGAGCAGCCUACAACAAAUGACUCGCGGCUAGUGAGUGAUGCAAGAACUGAUAAAAACACACCGAGCUUCCACAAAUCUAUCCCUAUGUCAGCAUUGACACGUGAUAAGCCCAAAUCGACAAUGCAGGAGUCCCACUACGAGGAUGCUGCUCAAGAAUUGGACGAUGAGGACGCGGUUGCCGCUUCAGAAGAGGAGCAAGUCUACCUCAACGAAGUUUUGCAGGAGAGUCUGGAAGAAAUUGAGCCGGAAGUGCCGGAAGUGCCAGAGCAUCUGCUCAACGAUGGUGGUGCUGGGCGACACGAAGACCGGUUGGAUGCUUUCGAUUAUGAAAAUAUGUUUCUCCACAGCGCCAUGGGAAACUACACUGGUUCGGGAACCAGGAGUCUGACUCCUUCUGAGAGCGAUGGAAGCAGCGUUGUCACAACACGGAUGGAUCAAAACACACCCACCGACGACAAAGAUGAUGAAGAGGAGGUGGUGGCGGAUGAAGUCGAUGGAAGCAGUACUGAAGGAGGGGCGGCGACUCCUGUUCAGGAAUCAUUCCCACAGCUGUCUCAGGGAGAGGGUGCAGCAUUGUAUCUCAAGAAGCCCGCUCAACCCUGGAUGAAAGCAGCACGUAGCAAUAGCAUGGAUUCUGUAUCUACAGCUGCUACUUUUGCCACUGCGACCGAAGGCGAGGAAGAUGAAGUUGAAGGAAGUGAAGAUGAAAUGCCAAAUGAGAUCUUGCACUGGGGCAAUGGCGCCCGCUUCCCCCAACCGCCCAUCAGUCCUAGGCGGGAGAAGACACCCUUGAAUUGGCCCACUCCGCCAUUGGGAGGACGUGUUCAUCAAGGUCAGGCGAAGUCGUCACGAAACCCCCAGAGCCUGGGAACAAUUGUCACUAAUGGACUCCCCACGCCUCCUGUGCAUUCGCCCCACGGCAGCUUUUCAGCAGCAAAUGGCGUUGCAAAGCAGCAACAACCCGUUGUUAAUGGACAACAGGUGGACCACCCGGCAAAUACUGAGAUCCUAAUGGAAAGCUUAAUCAAACUUGCGGAUCCGGAUUUCCAGGUUGGUGGUGACCAGGGGUCGAUGACAUUUUCAGAUGUCGAUAAGGAUCUCGUUCUGGACCUGCUGCGCGCUGUGGGCGGUGUCUGUAACCAGAUCUUGCAGUCCGAAAACAAGCAAGAAGUACGGGCCGUGAAGGUAUUGCGAAGGCGACUCGACGAAUCAAGACAACUAUUGGAGGGCCCAGGAGAUGAUUAG